CUUCCAAGCGCGUCGGUUUUGCAAUAUACAAGCACGCUAUCGCGGCCGUGACCGUGAAGAGCGAGUAUAGCUUCGAUCCGUCGGCAGGCCGCGGUUGGCAGCGGUGGGGCAGCGGUUGGGGCAGCGGUUGGGCAGCGGUAGGCCUCGCACAAGCUACGGCCCGUACAAGAGAGAGGCAUCACAAUGCGCCGCACCCAUCAUAAGAGAGGAGAAGCAAUUCCGCGCGCGUUCCGCGGCGAGGACAAGAAAAAGAGCGCGGGCGGCGGCACGCCAAUCGUCAUCAUCGCCGCGCUGCUCGGCGCCGUCUAUUACGCGACACGCGCGCAUCCGACGCAACACGCCGCCGCGCACGAAGGUGAAAUCAUGAAACUCAUCGACGCCCAGAACCGCACGAUCGCCGCGCUGCGCGGCGCCGCCGCGCGCGCGGUCGCGGAGCGCGCCUCAAUUGCCGGCGCGACCACGACGCUGGCCGACCGACCGCCACCAUCUCAACCCGCCGCGCCGAGCGCGACGGGCGCCGCGGACCUCUCCGGCGUCCGGGACCACUCGAUCCUGGGGUUGGACGAGGCGACGUUCCGCGCGACGAGCGUCGCAGAAUUACUAAAAGCCUACGCGCCGACGCUGGGCGGCGGCACGUGCGAGCGCGACUUCGGGAACGGCCUCAUCAACCGGUGGCGCGGCGAACGGAAGACCUACUGCGCGCCCAAGGCAACGGGAGGCUCGCAGGUCGACUGUUUUUUGGUGAAGCAGUCGAACCACGCGGGCGCGGGCGACAACUUGUGCUUAGGAAAGAACAUACGUAUGAACUUCCGGGACUUCGCCGGGGACUUGCCGCGGACGUAUGUCAAACGCUACGUCGACAGCCGGCACCAGCAGCAGCACUCGAAAAUAAAAUAUAGCAAGGGCACCUGGGCCGGCACCUGCGCCACCACACAAGAGUGGCAGGCGCGCUUCUUCCCGGGCUGGAACGUGAACUGGUACCACGGCUUUCAGUCAGUUGACGACCUGCAAUGUGAGGUAAGGGAAAGCGCCCCAACUUUAAUAAUUGAGCGGGACACGUUCGCGAACUUCUUUCAUGAUUCUGAGGACUUUGUCAAUACGUUGAUCGCGUUAGCUAUCCUCGAGUGGAAUGUGAAGGAUCUACAAAUCCUGAUCACGGACCUCUACCCCAAGGGCCCGUUCUGGCCCAUCUGGGACCGGGUCUUCUUUGGUUCUCGAAAACCACUCACGUCGUGGGACAUCAAGCAGAAGUACGGCACGAAGAAUGUGUGUUUUGAUAAUGCGGCGAUCGCUAUUUUGGGAGCCGCCGCUCCCAUCACCGUGGCCUCGUUCAACACGAAAUGUGCGCGCUCGUCCAUCGUGAGGGCGUAUUCGGACUUUGUCAUCCGAGCGCUCGGAUUGCAACUACGUACAAGGUACCACACGAAGCCGAAUCCGCAACGGGUCGUCGUCACCUUCAUGGCCCGGCGAAGUUCGGGCAUGUGGCCCGAGAAGCGGUUCUGCGAUUCACAGACGUCCUUCUUUUUGUGUGAGUUCGUGCAGCACCUGGGGACGCGGCCGCUCGGGCGGACCAUCAAGAACGACAAGGCCGUUGUUGACGCGUUAAAAGGCCUCGAGCAGCGGUCGUUCGCGAAUGGCGCACACGUCGAAUUCCGCGAUUUAGAUUAUUCGAAGCUGAGCUUCGAAGAACAAAUAGCGGCCAAUCUGGACACGGACGUCAUGGUCGGGCCGCACGGCGCCGGGUUGCUGCACAACAUCUUCAUGCCGGACCGGGCCGCGCUCGUGGAGCUGUUUAUCGAUGGAAGUUCGGCGAACCGCCACUUCCACAAUUUGGCGCGGUGGCAGGGGCGGAGCUACUACGGGUCGGCGUUCUCAAAUCCCGUAAGAGCGCAGCAGCUCGUUUCCGUCGUCGCGGGCGCCGUCGCUUCUCUCGAUUUAUCGAAGCCGUACUGAAUUUUGUUGAAGUAGUCAAUUUUACACAUAAGGG